AUUGAAGCACAUCGUUUCAUUUCGGAAGAGUAAUGCUGUUGCACCGUCCUCCACUACAAGACGUACCGGGGCUUAUGUUUAUGAUGUCGGAUAUAAGCAGUGCGCAAGAGGCUGAGGAUGGAGCUGUCUUAAGGUUCGGACUCCAGAGGGUCUGAAAAUCUCAAACAUGCUGUCAGGACACGUUGCUGCUGCCUGCCACUCUCUGAAGUGGACAUUACCUCACUGGAAAGCCACUCUUUACAAAACCUAUAGCCCCUCAAAGCGAGGGCAACGGCUACUGGGAACUGUGGUUCAAAGAGGGGCUCAUAGAUGGACUACAGCGCCAUCAUCAAGGAUAAACCAGAAGCCCGUGUUUAAAAGAGCCCCAGCAUUUGGAGAUAAGCUUGCAAUCAUUGACAGCAGUGGCGGACACAGCUACAAGCAGCUGUACCGCAGCAGCUUAGGUCUUGCAGAUAGAAUCAGCACCGCCCUGAACUCUGAAUUUGGGGGUCUGGAAGGGAAACGUGUAUCCUUCCUGUGUGCUAAUGAUGCUUCCUAUACGGUGGCACAGUGGGCCGCUUGGAUGAGUGGAGGGACGGCAGUGCCGCUCUACCGAAAACACCCUGAAUCUGAGCUUGAGUACGUCAUCUCUGACUCCCAGAGUUCACUGCUGGUGGCAGGGCAUCCCUAUGCUGAAACGCUUGAGCCACUGGCAGAGAGGCUGGGGCUGCCAUGUCUGACACUGCCCUCUACUUCUAACCUGGGCACUUCAGAAGGGGCAGACGUCCAAGAGAAGGAGACGGGAGACGUCACAGACUGGGCUGAUCGACCAGCUAUGAUCAUCUACACCAGUGGUACCACAGGGAGACCCAAGGGAGUUCUACAUACACACAGAGGCCUCCACGCCAUGGUCCAGUGUCUGGUUUCAGAGUGGGCGUGGUCCAAAGAUGACGUCAUCCUCCACACCUUGCCGCUCCACCAUGUGCAUGGCAUCGUUAACAAGCUGCUGUGCCCGCUCUGGGUGGGCGCCACCUGCGUCAUGCUGCCCGAAUUCCAGCCUCAGAAGGUGUGGGAGAUGCUGUUGAGCUCCAAGGCUCCCCUGGUUAAUGUGUUCAUGGCCGUGCCAACCAUCUACUCUAAGCUGAUCCAGUACUAUGAUCAUCACUUCACACAGCCUCACGUCAAGGACUUUGUCAAAGCAGUCUGCAAAGAGAGGAUCAGGCUGAUGGUUUCGGGCUCGGCCGCUCUCCCUCUUCCCACUCUGCAGCGCUGGGAGGAGAUUACAGGACACACACUGCUGGAACGCUACGGCAUGACAGAGAUCGGCAUGGCACUGUCCAACCCUCUCAAGGGCUCACGCAUCCCGGGAGCCGUAGGGUUUCCACUUCCCAGUGUCGAAGUACGGAUUGUCAUGAAUAACACAAGCAACACCACAAUUGUGGAGGGCAACCACCGCGAGACUCAGGUACUUCCAGGUCUGGAGGGGAAAGAAGGGGAGCUCCUAGUUCGAGGUCCGUCUGUCUUUAAAGAGUACUGGAACAAACCCCAAGAGACCACAGAGUCUUUCACUGAUGACGGCUGGUUCAAAACAGGUACCAAACCCACCUGUCUUCUUCCCCUUUCUCUUAACUCACCCUUCAACACUGUGCAUGCCUACACACACACACAUACACACACACACACACACACACACACAUUACCUUGGAGGGAGUGAAGUCUGCCACUAAUUGCAUCUACGAGUUGUAUGUAUGAGUUGUAUCUAUGAGCUGUGCUGUCAGAGGGAUUCACACAAAGAGGAAAGAUGUCAAAAGAUUUUUUCGUCUUUGGUACAGACUGCACUUUCAGGGGCUUGAUUUUAAACACUUUAAAAUCCAGUCCA